AUUGAGAAGAAAAAAGCAAAUUUGCGCUGUAGAGAGUGGAGAGUAGUGGUGAAGCUAUGAGAGUCUGACGGGGUCAUCCCUACCUCAGACCAUGUGGAGUGUAUCUGUGAGCCCGUCCGUGUUCCAGGGGAUAGAGGGGAUGUGUGUGUCCGUGCGUCCAGCAGCGUGUGUGAGGAUACAGAGGGAGAUGUGUGUGUGUCUGGCGGGGACAGUGGCAGGGCGCGGUGUGGAGGGGGUAACCCCUACCAGAGGGGGUCCUGCGGGGAGGGGUGGAGGUAGAGGGCUGAGGCGGUUUGAGGAGAUCCCCCACACGGGUAGCAGUGGCUGGCUCAACCUGGUGAAGUUCUGGAGAGAAGACAGAUUUAAACUAUUACACAAACACAUGGAGAGGACCUUCACCACCCUCGGCCCCAUUUACAGGAACGGGGCAGAGUGGCGUGCCGACCAUCUCCUGCUCAACAGGGAGGUGAUGAUGGCUCCUGCCGUACGUCGCUUCCUGCCCCUCCUAGACGAAGUAUCGAGGGACUUCUGUCGUCUGCUAGCGACACGGGUGGAGAAAGAGGGAGGAGAGGAGGAGAGGGGGCACAGUCUGACUUUUGACCCCAGCCCUGACCUCUUCCACUUCGCCCUGGAAGGUUGUUGUCUUCUUUCACAUUUUCAGUUUUCAUAAAAUCCUAAUAUGAUGUGUGUUGGUGUGGAUGUGUUGGUGUGGAUGUGUUGGUGUGGAUGUGUUGGUGGGGAUGUGUUGGUGGGGAUGUGUAUUGGUGUGGAUGUGUUGGUGUGGA